UCCCUCCUGUCCCUGAUCGAUUGCCUCCUUGCCUCUUGCAAAACGGGUUCCUCAAGAUAUCUUGCCUUUGCGUUUGGACACACAAGGGCUGGCAGAGAACAGCCCGUCUCCCUGGGAAGAAAGAGGUCUUUAAUAGCAAGAUGAUGGCCAGCCAAGAGAUUAUUCUGCUUUUUCUGUGUGCUCUGUCACAAGCUUCGGGGUGCUUCAAACUCAUCACCCCCUCCAAGUGGGGUGCAAAGCCGGCCAACUGCUCUGAACCUUUGAAGGACCUCCCGCCUGAGUACGUCAUCAUCAUCCACACGGCUCAGAAUCCGUGCAAAACGCGAGCCGAAUGCUCCAGAGAAGUCAGGAACGCUCAGGAUUAUCACCUGGGCCUCAAAGGGUGGUGCGAUGUGGCCUAUAACUUCCUGAUUGGCGAGGAUGGGCUUGUGUAUGAAGGGCGCGGCUGGCGCAAUGUUGGAUCUCACACCUACGGCUACAACGAUUUGUCCCUCGGCAUCGCUUUCAUUGGCACCUUCGUAGAGAGGUCUCCCAACCAAGCGGCAUGGAAAGCUUUGAAGUGCCUGCUUGACUUCUCUGUCAAGGUCGGGUACCUGUCUCCAGAUUACCUCGUAGUAGCCCACAGUGACAUCAGCAAUCUUGUUUCUCCCGGAGAGCCGAUCCGUUCAGAAAUUUCCAAGUGGCCCAAUUACAGGCACAACUGAAGACUUCUUCACUCAUCUGCUGCAGUGCUGGAAGUGUUAGAGAGGAAUGAGAGUGACUCCAAGUGAGACCUUACAACAAAAUGCCACAGCCUGGACUGCAACUGUUGAGGUUUCCAUCCAUUAAGACAUGCCUUUCACCAGGAUAUUUCAUUUCACCAUUCCCCUGUUUUCCAUUUCCUCUCUCCAAAAAACACUCAUUGUUCAGUGGCCGCUAUGCAUGCUCAGCAGGUACGUACUGUGCUGUUUUUAGGUGUUUAAAUAAAACUCUCCUUAGCGGUUCUCUCAUUAA